ACUAAACCAACUCAAAUUGUAAGCCCAGGCCCAUCAUACUCUUCCUCAUCUUCGUCAUAUCAACACUCGUUGAUUCUCAAGUUCUGGUCAAGCUUGAAGUGGUACUGUCUUCUGUAUUGUAAAAACCAUACACCGAAUUUGAAUCAACAAGAUGCAACAGGGAGGAGGAUCCGAAACUGAAGUUACAUGGGAGGACCAGCAGAAUAUCAACAAAUUCGGAAGGUUGAAUAAUCGCUUACACGAGCUACAUGAUGAGAUCAAAAUCGCUAAGGAAUCAAAUGAUAAUUUGGAGGAUGCGAGCAAUGAGUUAAUUCUCACAGAUGAAGAGGUCGUUCGGUUUCAAAUAGGGGAGGUUUUUGCUCAUGUGCCUAAGGAUGAAGUAGAGAGUAGGAUAGAACAGAUGCAAGAAGCGACAAGCCAGAAAUUGGAAAAGCUUGAAGAAGAGAAACAAUCUGUGGUUGCUCAGAUGUCUGAACUGAAGAAAAUUUUGUAUGGGAAGUUUGGAGAAUCUAUCAAUCUUGAGGAGGAUUAGUAACUUGUUUAUAGAUUUCUAGGUUAUUUUGUGUGAUUCAUAUGCCUCAUAGAACUUUGGCUGAUUUGAGUCAGAUUGUGUCUCUUGAUUGUAGAACGUGUGUUCCUUGAACUUCAUUUCAUGUUUGACAGUGUUUCUAACUUUCCGGCUUGUUCAUUCUGUGAGAAUUUUACUAUUGUAUUCUAUCCCAAAGAUGGGAGAGUCUUUAUUGUCUAUCAGGAUUCAUAUUACAGUGCACAAUGGAGUAACAAAAAUAUGGUCGAUCCAACCUAGUAAUAACUGGUCAACAGUACACAGCUUAA